UGGGUCGCGGCGGUAGCGGCAGCAUGAAUGAGGCGGAGGGACUACGGCAGCGGCGGCCUUUCCGUCCGCAGGUCAUCACUGAGGACACCCCGGCGCAGGAGGCUAAGGAGGGCAGUACUUACAGCGGCAAAGUGUUCCGUGUUACCUUCUUGGCUUUGGCUGCAUCUCUAACGGUGCCCCUGCUUGGAGUAACGGUUCUACUGGAUUGUCCUAUAGACCCUCAGCCUAUAAGUUUGAAGGAACCUCCCCUCCUGGCGGGUGUGCUAGAGCCCAAUACUGAGUUACGGAAAGCCGAGCGCUUAUGGGAAAAUCAGCUGGUGGGACCGGAGUCCAUUGUCAAUAUUGGGGAUGUGCUAUUUACUGGGACAGCUGAUGGGAAGAUUAUCAAAAUUGAAGAUGGGGAAAUACAAACUAUAGCCAGAAUUGGCCAUGGUCCUUGUGGAACUCGUGAAGAUGAGCCAACGUGUGGAAGACCACUUGGCAUCAGAGUGGGGCCAAAUAACACCCUUUUUGUGGCAGAUGCUUAUUACGGGCUCUAUGAAGUUAAUCCUGGUACAGGUGAAACAAAAAUGCUUGUGUCAACCAAGACACUAAUUGAAGGCCAGAAGCUGUCAUUUCUGAAUGAUCUUACGGUGACUCGGGAUGGGAGGAAAAUCUACUUCACUGACUCCAGUAGCAAAUGGCAAAGACGAGACUACUUAUUCUUGAUUAUGGAAGGCACAGAUGAUGGGCGCUUGCUUGAAUAUGACACAGUAACAAAAGAAGUUAAAGUCUUAAUGGUGGGUCUGAGGUUUCCCAAUGGUGUCCAACUCUCUCCCGCGGAAGAUUUUGUUCUGGUGCAAGAGACAACCAUGGCUAGAAUCAGGAGGUACUAUGUGUCUGGGCUAAUGAAAGGUGGAGCAGAUAUGUUUGUUGAGAAUAUGCCUGGUCUUCCAGAUAAUAUCAGAUUAAGCAGCUCUGGAGGAUAUUGGGUAGCUAUGUCAGCUGUCCGUCCCAAUCCUGGAUUUUCUAUGUUGGAUUUCUUGUCUGAAAAACCAUGGAUUAAAAGGAUGAUAUUUAAGUUGCUGAGUCAAGAAACUGUGACGAAGUUUGUGCCCAAAUACAGCCUUGUUGUUGAACUUAGUGAGACGGGAUCCUACAGAAGAAGUUUCCAUGAUCCCAAUGGAGUGACAGCAGCAUAUGUUAGUGAGGCACAUGAGCAUGAUGGAUACCUUUAUCUGGGCUCCUUCCGCUCUCCAUUUAUUUGCAGACUUAAUCUUCAGCAUGUGUAACUGUUCAUCCAUGAUAAAGUGCCACUGUCCUAUAAUAAUUCAGAGGUAUGAAGGAAGCAUGUGCUUGAAGCGGCGUGUGACCAAGGACAAAAAGUGAAAGACUGUUACUGUGCAGUAGCACAGUUCUGUUGCCAUAAGAGUACAUACAGGUCCUGAUGCCUGCCUUCCUCCUUGGUUUGACCGCUCCUGCUUUGGAGUUGGCAUGUACAGUUAUUAAUAUCCAAGGAGUCUGGUGAGGCAUCUUCAUGUUAUUAUGUGUUCCUUAAAGAAAAUCCAUUGCUUUUCCAUGGCCAGCCCUUUUUGGAGUCAUCUUAAACAGGCACCAUCCGUCACUUUUAGUGCAACUGUGUCAUCUAUCACUGGAAGGCUUUGAGAUGUAUGGAAUUGAAUUGUGUAUGAUUUGGAUCGAAGAGGAUGCCUUGCAUGUGUGUCUCUGUUUUAGAACCUCCUGUUAAGGAAUGAUUACAGUGCAUGUUCUAAUGGCAUACCAUGGUACUUCGGUAGAGGCAGCAAGAUCCAGAAUGUACCUAGAAAUCUAGUUAUGCCAUUUGGGUUCUUCAAUUCCAGCCUGUGUAAUCAAAAUCAGCCACAACAGUUAACUGUUAAUCAACAUGCAGAAUCAAAUAUGAUGGUUAUCUGAGGACUCCUGUGUUUCUUCAUAGCAUUAUAGUCAGAUGAUGACUGAAAGUUGCAUUUUCUAUGUUAUUAAAGGCUAGAUGCAGUGGGUUUAAAAAGGAUCUCUUGUAGUAUUUCCUCUGUGUUUACCAGGUUCUGUAAGCCUCCUGUCCAUUAUGCAGGUCGCCAUUCCUGAGAGGUGUAGAAGAGGACCAGCUGUAGGAAUCCUCUUCAGCAUGCUUUUUAUGGAGAGCUGGUAAAGAUUUUGGGGAACAUUGAUGUCUGAAGAGGGACGUGGACUAGAAGGGCCCCUUAAAAUCUAGUAAUAGUGGGUGAGGAAUGCUUUAGUAAAAAAUCUUGGGAUGCAGUAGUAGCUCGUGAGUGCUUUCUGGCACCUCCAGAGGAAAUGGUUUACUUCAUCUAUUAGCAGUUACUCUACUUGGUAAAUCCAGGGAAUGCUUUUCUGUCAGCUAUGACAAAGGAAAGGCUGUGCUGUUACAUUUUAAAUAAAAGGGUUUGCAUCUUGAAGAACUAAAGAAGUUGCUUCAGCAGCUGUGUGAUUUAGUGGAUUGAUUUGUGCUUUGGGAUUGAAGACUGCUGCGCUAUCUUUUUCUGCCACUGGGUGAUAGUCAAACAUAAACUUGUUCUAUUGCUUAACUUCCUCACCUUUGAAAAGGAAAUAAUCAAGAUUUGAUUGAUAUAUAAUGAAAAGCACCAGAGAAGAGGAAGAUGUUAAAAAUGUCAUCCGCUUUUGCUAGCCUUUUGUGUUUCUCCUUAUUAAUGGAGGGAUGUGCAAUUAAAAGUGAUUCUUUUCUCUCAGUGCUUCUGUCUCAUU